GCAGCAGGAUUUGAGCAGGUGUUAAACUAUUUGUUUUUAGACAUGAUCAUUUAAUUUGACCAACUCACGGAGCACUAGAAGUGAUGCCUUCUUUGAGAGGGGGCCCAGAGGUCAGGCAGUGUCUGCUGCUCUUGCUUCCUUUCCUCGCAGCCUGGGAGGCAGGGAGCGGCCAGCUCCAUUACUCCCUUCCUGAGGAGGCCAAACACGGCACCUUCGUGGGCCGCAUCGCGCAGGACCUGGGGCUGGAGCUGGCGGAGCUGGUGCCCCGCCUGUUCAGGGUGGCGUCCAAGGACCGCGGGGACCUUCUGGAGGUAAAUCUGCAGAAUGGCAUUUUGUUUGUGAAUUCUCGGAUCGACCGGGAGGAGCUGUGCGGGCGGAGCGCGGAGUGUAACAUCCACCUGGAGGUGAUCGUGGACCGGCCGCUGCAGGUUUUCCACGUGGAGGUGGAGGUGAGGGACAUUAACGACAACCCGCCUCUAUUUCCAACGACAGAAAGAACUAUCCAGUUUCACGAACUGAGGCCGCUUGACUCGCGAUUUCCUUUAGAGGGAGCAUCAGAUGCAGAUAUAGGAGUAAAUGCUCUUCUGUCCUACAAGCUCAGCCCCAGUGAGUUUUUCUUUCUAGAUGUACAAACAAAUGACGAUCUAAGCCAAUUGCUGUUUCUUGUGCUGCGGAAAUCUCUGGACAGAGAGGAAAAUGCUGAGAUGAAAUUGUUACUGGUAGCUACCGAUGGAGGCAAGCCUGAGCUCACGGGUUCUGUUCAAAUACUCAUCAAGGUGUUGGAUGUGAACGACAACGAACCUACUUUCCCCCAACCGGUCUACAAAGUGCAGUUGUUGGAGAACACUGCAAACGGAACCUUGGUAGUUAAAUUAAAUGCUUCUGAUGCAGAUGAAGGAUCAAACAGUGAGAUUGUGUAUUCACUCAGUAGUGAUGUAUCCUCUACCACACGGACAAAGUUCCAAAUAGACCCCACCUCAGGAGAAAUCAGAACUCAAGGGGAAUUAGAUUAUGAAGAAAGGACAUCUUAUGAAAUUCAGGUCAUUGCGUCUGACAAGGGAGCCCCAUCAACGUCAGGACAUUGUAAAAUUUCAGUAAAACUUGUGGAUAUCAAUGACAAUAGACCAGAAGUCUCAAUAACGUCUCUCUCACUACCUGUCCAAGAGAAUGCACCACUGGGCACCGUCAUCGCACUCAUCAGCGUGUCCGAUCGAGACUCAGGUGUCAACGGGCAGGUGACCUGCUCCCUGACCCCUCAUGAUCCCUUCAAGUUGGUGUCCACCUUCAAGAAUUACUAUUCGCUUGUGCUGGACAGCGCUCUGGACCGAGAAACCAAAGCUGACUAUAAGGUGGUGGUAACAGCCCGGGAUGGGGGCUCUCCCUCGCUGUGGGCCACAGCCAGCGUGUCCGUGGAGGUGGCUGACGUCAACGACAACGCGCCCGCGUUCGCACAGCCCGAAUACACGGUGUUCGUGAAGGAGAACAACCCGCCUGGCGCGCACAUCUUCACGGUGUCCGCCAUGGAUGCUGACGCGCAGGAGAACGCGCUGGUGUCCUACUCGCUGGUGGAGAGGAGGGUGGGCGAGCGCUUGCUGUCCAGCUAUGUGUCUGUGCACGCGGAGAGCGGCAAGGUGUUCGCGCUGCAGCCUCUGGACCAUGAGGAGCUGGAGCUGCUGCAGUUCCAGGUGAGCGCGCGGGAUGCUGGUGUGCCUGCCCUGGGCAGCAAUGUGACUCUGCAGGUGUUUGUGCUGGAUGAGAAUGACAAUGCGCCCACGCUGCUGCCCCACGGAGCUGUGGGAACGGGAGGGGCUGUGAGUGAGUUUAUUCCUAGGUCAGUGGGUUUGGGACAUGUGGUCACCAAGGUGCGUGCAGUGGAUGCCGAUUCUGGUUACAAUGCUUGGCUCUCUUACGAACUGAAGUCGUCCUCAGGCAAUUCUCGUAGCCUGUUCCGCGUGGGUCUGUACACGGGCGAGAUCAGCAUUACACGCACACUGGAUGAAGCGGAUACGCCGCACCAGCGCCUGCUGGUGCUGGUGAGGGACCAUGGUGAACCUGCGCUGACUGCCACAGCCACAGUGCUAGUUUCUCUGGUUGAGAAUAGCCAAGCUCCAAAAGCAUCAUCAAAAGCGUUGGUAGAUGCCAUUGGCCGAGAGACGUCACUAGUGGAUGUCAACGUGUACCUGAUCAUCGCCAUCUGCGCGGUGUCCAGCCUCUUGGUGCUCACAUUGCUGCUGUACACCGCGCUGCGCUGCUCGGCGACGCCCACUGAUGGAGCCUGUGCUCCUGGGAAGCCCGUGCUGGUGUGCUCCAGCACGGUGGGCACCUGGUCAUACUCACAGCAGAGGCGGCAGAGGGUGUGUUCUGGAGAAGGUCCGCCCAAGACUGACCUCAUGGCCUUCAGCCCCAGCCUAUCCCAAGGUCCGGAAUCAGCAGAGGAGAGACAGCCGCCCUUAGAGCCAGAAUUCUUAGCAAAGGUAGGCUUUAAAUCUUUUCUUGCCAAGAACGUCACUAAUUCUGUAAUUGUUUGUGAAUCCUGUUAAUUAUUUAGACCUAAAGGUCUGCCUUUAUUUUAUAUCAUUGCGCUGUCAUGAGAUACUUGUGAAUUAGGUAUCAAAUUCCUGCCCGUAGAACAAUUCUCUUAAAUAUUCUUACUUUCAUAGUUAGGUUCGUAACGAAAUCUCUGUGUGAGUAAUCAGACCUUGAAUCAUUGGGAAAAAAACCCCAAACACCCAGAAAAACCUGAUAUUUAAAUAUUUGUUUAUGUAUUAUUGUGGGUGUUCACGACGCUGGUGUGUGGUUGUAUUCCUACAGUGUGUGUGGACCUCAAGGGGCCCUUUGUGUAGCUGGUUCUCCCUACCUUUGUUUGGGUCACAGGGAUCUAAGGUCGGUCACCAGCCUUCCAAAUCCACAGCCUGCUGAACCAUCUCCCUGGCACCAAAGCUUAAUAAUUCAAUAUUACUCCUGAAUGGUUUCCUUUCAAAAACUUAAAAGCCAAAAUUAGAAAACUUGAAGGAUUUUUAAAAUUUAGAACUUCACUAAACAUAGAUUUCUACCCAUCGUAUCAGAGUCUGUUCAGAGUAAUAUAAUCUUUACUCGGAACAUUUUCCAGAUUUGCUUUUGAACCUUUAAUGCCAGACCUCUAAAAGUAUCUAUCACUGGCCAUUACAAGACAUGCCAACACUUAGGAAUGCUGGGUAAUCUCUUUGUCCUUGAUCAGGAUAAUGACCGCAAUUGGGGGAUAAAGAUUUAAAAAUAGUAAAACCCUUGGAUUUUCAGGCAAAAGAGUUCACUGAGGAAAGAACCGUCCAAGUUUUAACAUUUAAAGGUUAUAUGGCUGGGUAUGGUGGUACACUUCUUUAAUCCCAGCCUUUAAUCGGGAGGCAGAGACGGGCGGAUC